AUUCCCUUCACGUUAAGCGGGACUAUUUAACAGAUGUUGACUGACGAACCAAAUGAAAAGGUCCUUGCAACUGCUUCCUUUUUCCCCUUCUUGGAAGCAAACAAAAGACAUCCAAAGUUGAGAGAUUUGUGCAUUGUGCUUUACACGCAAAAUACAAUAAACAACUCAACCAAUUUGAAAUUUAGUCUACCUGCUUUACACACAAUAAUGCCAUUCGGGUUAGUUUCGGCUUGGAACAAGCGCAGACGAAGCAAGUCUGACGAUUGCACUGACCCCUGGACUUACAAACCCGUUGAGUUGUGGCAGCAGGACGAUCAAGCUCUGCGACCUCCAAAAAGACACCAUGGAUCAUCAGUCUUUACUCUCAAGGAAAUGGAAGAGGCGACUUCUUCUUUUAGCGAUGAGAAUUUUCUCGGCAAGGGAGGUUUUGGUCGAGUUUACAAGGGAACCUUGAGGUCAGGAGAGACUGUUGCAAUUAAGAAGAUGGAGCUACCACACUUCAAAGAAGCUGAGGGCGAGCGCGAGUUCCGUGUGGAAGUUGAUAUAUUGAGCAGGCUUGACCACCCGAACCUGGUUUCCCUAAUUGGCUAUUCUGCCGAUGGAAAGAACAGAUUCUUGGUAUAUGAAUAUAUGUGUAAUGGAAACCUCCAAGACCACUUGAAUGGAAUUGGAGAAAAGAAGAUGGAGUGGCCUCUAAGGCUCAGAGUCGCACUUGGCGCAGCGAGGGGACUUGCUUAUCUCCAUUCAGGUUCUUCCAUUGGGAUUCCGAUUAUUCAUAGAGAUAUGAAGUCCUCUAACAUUCUUUUAACAGCUGAUUUUGAAGCAAAGAUAUCUGAUUUCGGGCUUGCAAAACUUAUGCCGGAGGGCCGUGAGACAUAUGCCACAGCCAGAGUGCUUGGCACUUUUGGCUAUUUCGACCCUGAGUAUGCAUUGACAGGAAAACUCACUUUGCAAAGCGAUGUUUAUGCAUUUGGCGUGGUGCUUCUCGAGCUCUUGACGGGGCGAAGAGCCGUGGACUUAAACCAAGGACCGAAUGACCAAAAUCUGGUCCUACAGGUGAGGCACGUCUUGAAUGACCAGAAGAAGUUGCGGAAGCUGAUAGAUCCUGAGAUGAACCGGACGUCAUACACAAUGGAAUCCAUAAUCAUGUUCGCGAACUUGGCAUCACGCUGCGUCCAUCCUGACAGUGGGGAGAGACCGCCGAUGGCUGAAUGUCUCAAAGAGCUUCAGCUGAUACUGUACACAAAUUCGGAAGGCUUGAGCAUGGUUUCUCAUAAAUUUGGUUAUCAAUGGCUCAGACGUAGUUCAGGAGGUUCUCUUGUAUAGGGACAGAAGAAUAACAGGACACCACUGAGAAUGUACACUAAAAUUCUGGUUCUUUUUUCCCACUGCUUCCAUGUAUUACGGAAAGCUUUACCCCGUGGCAAUUGUUUUCCAAUAUGCAACGGUGUAAAUCAUUAACUCGUGCGUUCUACCAA